AUGUCAAUUCCAGGCCUGGGCCAGAUUCCCACACAGCCCACCGCCUCGACCACCCGUGUCGUCACCCUCCGACCAGCCUGCGAAUGGCGCUUUCAAACCUCCCAAUCCUCCCCCGUUAUUGUCAAGCUUCUCGCCGGCACAGCUGAGAAGGACGGCGUCGAACUAGGCCCCAAGAAUGCAUACACCUUUGCUGGGAUAAAGUCAAAGAUCUUAACGUGGCAUGGCUGCGAGCUGGAGAUUGACGGGCGCUGCGAUGCAGAGUCUGUGGCCGAAUAUGCGAACCCGACCGAUAAUCCUGCCAAUACAUACAUGAACCUUCAUGGCCAGCUUAAUGAUAUGCGCCAGACUGCGGCGAGAGAGGGCAAAGAAGGCCCUAGGGUGCUCAUCGUUGGACCAGCGGACGUGGGCAAAUCGACGGUAGCGAGGACGUUGACGAGUUAUGCUACCAGGCAAGGAUACCAACCUCUAGUGGUGAACGCGAACCCCCGGGAAGGACUGCUCAGUUUGCCAGGUACACUGAGUGCCAGCGUUCUCGCAACAGUCAUGGACCCUGAGGCUGUGGAUGGAUGGGGAAGCACACCUACCAGCGGUCCUAGCAGCGUGCCUGUGAAACUCCCGCUGGUGUUCUACUACGGACGAGCAUCGCCUGACGAAGAUCCUGACUUUUACCGCGAACUUACGAGUAAAUUGGCUGGCAGCGUUAGUACACGCCUGAGUGAAGACGAGGACGUCAAGAAGUCGGGCGUCAUUAUUGAUGGCAUGGGUCUUCCUGAGCAGAGCAAGGAUGGCUUUGAGCUCGUCGCACAUAUCGUGGAUGAGUUUUCCGUCAAUGUCAUUAUUGUGAUUGGAUCUACGAAUAUUAGCUCUGAGCUAUCUCGACGCUUUAGUACUGAACGAACAAGUCUAGAAGAGCCCAUCAGCAUUGUCCCGAUUGACAAAUCCGACGGCGUGGCUACUCGCGAUGAAGCUUUCUUGCAGCAUGUUAGGGAAGCAGCUAUCAAGGAGUACUUCUUUGGCGACUCUAGGCGAACCCUCAGUCCCCUGAUCCAGCAAGUUGACUUUGACAAUGUUACCGUAUACCACAACUCAGACGAAAAUUCCCCCAAUGGCCAGGGUGUAACACGGGAAGACCCAUCCUCGCCGAUGCAGCACUGGACGUUUGCUAUUAUGCACGCAACGCCCAAGGAGUCGCCCGACUCAGUCCGUGCCGCCAGCGUUAUGGGCUUCCUGUAUGUGUCGGACGUGGAUGAGGAGCGUCGCAAGAUCAAGCUGCUUGCACCUGUGAGUGGACGACUGGGCGACCAGCCGCUCGUGUGGGGGAAGUGGCCGGAGCCGUUUAUUAACCUCCUCGGAUAA